AUGACAUCUAAUGUUGCUAAGAAACAUUUUCUUUAUACGUUUGAACCAUUGAAUUGUCUAUUGGUUCAUUUGAAUGAUAUAAAAAUGUUGGAUUUUACUAAUCUUUCUCGACGGCAAGCUCGUUGUUGGGUCAAUUUUCUUUACUUCAUUCUUGCUGCUGUCACAUGGAUUUUGGUUAUUCUAGCUGGUGUUUGCCAAGCUCAACGUUCAUCAAAUAAUAAUUAA